UAUGACUUCAGUUUUACUAGGCUAGUCUCCCACUAGUCCACACCGUUUGCAGUUGAGACCUAUAAAGCAAGCGUUUGUUUUACCCUCCUCGCUUCUCAAUCUCAUCAUCUCUCUUUUUGUUAAAUUAGGGUUUUGAAAUGUGGAGGGAGAAUGAACCUCUCUGAAUCCUCAUCCUCGGUCGUCUCUAUUUCCUCGAAUCUCGAUUCCGAUACCGUCAACAACAACGAAAUUGAUCAGGUUCUGCUCAGCGAUUCCGACAUAGGGUCUCAACACUCCACCGCCGCCGAGAGGGAGGAGGACCGUCACUGCUCCUGUGGUGAUGGUGACGUGCCGGCGGUUGUCCGUUCCGGUCCCGAUCCCGAUGCUGUUGACCUCGAUCAUGCGGUGAGCGAUGAGAUUCAGAAGCUGGAUUUGAAAGGUGAGGUGGCGGUGGAGGAGGUGGUAGAGGAGGAGAAGAAAGAGGUGGUAGAGGAGGAGAAGAAAGAGGAGGUUGAGGCGGAGAAGAGCUGUAAUGGUGGCGAAAUCGAAGACAAAAGUAGUGAGAGACAGAGUGAGGAGGAGAGCAAUGAAGGAGGAGAGAAUGGUGUUGAGGUGGAGAAGAAGGGAGGAGAAUAUAACAGAUGGUAUCAGUACCCGGUGAGGCUUGAAGCCGAAGACUGUUCCUUUUACCUGAAGACGGGGUCUUGCAAGUUCGGAUCCAAUUGCAAGUUUAAUCACCCUGUUAGAAGGAAGAGCAACAAUCAGUCCCAGGUUUUUAAAGACAAAGUGAAGGAAGGGAAUGAGUUGUCAGAGAAGCCAAGCCAGACAGAAUGCAAGUAUUACUUAAGGCCAGGGGGAUGCAAAUAUGGAAACGGUUGCAGAUACAUCCAUGGAAAGGGGAAAACUCCGGUAGCUCCAGUUGAGGAACUUAACUUUCUGGGACUGCCAAUUCGACAGGGGGAGAGAGAGUGUCCCUAUUAUAUGCGCACUGGCUCGUGCAAGUAUGGAUCAAACUGCAAGUAUAAUCACCCUGAUCCUACUGCUGCAGGAGGAUCUGACCCUCCGUCUGGAUUUGGUAACAGCGGACCUGCAUCAUUACAAGGUGGAUCACAAUCAUCAUCUUGGUCUGCACCUAGAUCAUUGAAUGAGACUCCGCCUUAUGUGCCAAUGAUGAUGCCACCAUCUCAAGGAGUUCCUUCUCGAAAUACAGAAUGGAAUGGUUAUCAGGCACCAGUAUAUCUAGAAAGAAGCAUGCCUGCACCGCCACCAUAUGUUAUCAACAACUCAGGGAUUGAAACCAAUAUGUAUAAACAAUAUCCACAGUCAAAUCAAGUUGAUGAAUUCCCAGAACGGCCUGGACAACCUUUAUGCAGUUUCUUUUUAAGAACAGGGGACUGUAAGUUUAAAUCUAAUUGCAAAUAUCAUCAUCCGAAAAGUCAGACUGCAGUAUCCCCCUCAUUUGCACUCAGUGACAAGGGCCUUCCUUUGAGACCAGGUCAGAAUAUUUGCACCCAUUACAGUCGCUAUGGCAUUUGCAAAUUUGGGCCAGCUUGUAAAUUUGAUCAUCCGUUGCAUUUAACAUCUUCAACUACAUCUGGUCUUGAUCAUCAACUUCCUUUCAGUGACUUGGCGAAUACAAAUGAGGCAGCUAGGAGCAGAAGUCGAACCGACGAUACAAUUCAGCUGCAACAAGCCGUGUAAUAAGUUUUGCAUGAAAUACCUGCUAGAGCACACAGCAUUUGCAUGAACAAGGAUAUGUAACUGUUCUUUCUUUUGGAUCUUAAACCUAUGGAACUUUUCCAUCCAGCUGCUACUAUUAACUUUUAUUUGCAAAGGACCGGGAUUGUAAAUUAUGUCGUAUUUAUGUCAUUUUAGCAGCAAAUACAAGAGUAAUUUUAAGUAUUCAAGUCACUAUAGUUCUGUUCCUUGGAUGAAUAUUAGAUUGCAGCA